CUCAUCUUGAAUCCAGUAACCGGCAUCUCUAGAAGAAGAGGAGAGGACGCAGAGACAGGAAAGGACCACGUGAUGAUGGAUGAGGAGAUCAGAGUGACGCACAUACAAGCCAAGGAACGCUAAGAGUUGGCAGAAGCUGCUAGAAGCUGGGGGGAAGCAUGGGAAGGAUUCUCCCUCAGAGCUUCCAGAAGGAGCCAGCCCUGCCUGCCAACACCUUGAUUUUGGACUCACCCAGAAACGUGAGACAAUGAAUUUCUGUUGUUUUAAACCAUCUCGUCUGUAGUACUUUAUCACAGCGGCCCUAGGAAAACUCCCACACCACCCAAAUAAUUUCCAGAUGGAUGAGAGUUUCAACGUAAAGAAUAAGUCCAGGGAAGGAGAGGGGUACAGACAAAAAGUACGAUUCCAUGUUAAUCAGACCUGGGAGAGGACGAGGCAACAGACAUGAAAGAAAUGACCCACAGAUCCACUGCCUGGAAAAUAUAACAUUUGUAUCCCCAAAACACCGGAAGUGGAAGCCAAGUGUCCUUGACCCUGACAAACCAUCAAUACCCUUCCUAUACAAAGAGCUGUUCCAAAGCAAUGAGCAGGAGGAAAAAAACAAACAAACAAACAAACAAAAUGGACAAAGGACGUGAGCAACUUAACAGAAACAGAAAAAUAGUUGCUCACGACACAAAAUUUUUUUUGAAGCCCCGCCUGACAGCCGAAGGAAUGUCAAUGACAAGAUGCUCUUUUGUGCCCACUGAUGCCUGUGGGUUGAGAAAAAUAUUAACACUUGGUGCCAGCGAGGAAGCUGUGAGGCAAGCACCCUCGUAUUGCCCCACACCCAUACUCUCGCCUGGGUGAGGCUCUCGGGAAGUCGCUGGGGCAGAAUGGAUCGGAUCGGGGGCCGUUGAAGCGAGAACGCAGAGCGAAUCUGACCAGCGCGGUGUAGUAGGGGAAAUGAUACAGCACACGGAGGAACAAGGGAACUCUUGGUCUGUGCUUCUGUUGUUGGGGACACAGUGCACCCUGAGAUUUUGCCCUGAGAGCAGAGCCGUCCUAGAGCCGGUGGAGGGGCUCAAGGAGCCUUCUGACCUGAGGGGACAAGGACAGCCCCCCGGGGUGGGGCGAGCCCCUCAUCUGAGCUCCAGGACGCGCGCCCCGAGCCCGGGAGGCAUGCUGAGGCCAGGCCAGCGGCAGGAUGAGUGUGAACGAGGCAGGCAGCUCCGGCCGCGGGGGGCAGGCGGCCUACCACCUGCACAUCUACCCGCAGCUGGCCACCAGCGAGAGCCAGGCCUCGUGCCGCGUGACCGCCACCAAGGACAGCACCACGUCCGACGUCAUCCAGGAUGCCAUCGCCAGCCUCCAGCUGGAUGGCACCAAGUGCUACGUGCUGGUGGAGGUGAAGGAGACCGGUGGGGAGGAAUGGGUGCUGGAUGCCAACGACUCACCCGUGCACCGCGUGCUGCUGUGGCCGCGGCGGGCCCAGGACGAGCACCCGCAGGAGGACGGCUACUACUUCCUGCUGCAGGAGCGCAACGCGGACGGCACCAUCCAGUACGUGCACAUGCAGCUGGUGUCCCAGGCCACGGCCACGCGGCGCCUGGUGGAGCGCGGCCUCCUGCCCCGGCCGCAGGCGGACUUUGACGACCUGUGCAACCUCCCCGAGCUGACCGAGGAGAACCUCCUGAAGAACCUCAGGCACCGCUUCCUACAGCAGAAGAUCUACACGUACGCGGGGAGCAUCCUGGUGGCCGUCAAUCCCUUCAAGUUCCUCCCCAUCUACAACCCCAAGUACGUGAAGAUGUACGAGAACCAGCAGCUGGGCAAGCUGGAGCCGCACGUGUUCGCGCUGGCCGACGUGGCCUACUACGCCAUGCUCCGGAAGCACGUCAAUCAGUGCAUCGUGAUCUCGGGCGAGAGCGGCUCGGGCAAGACGCAGAGCACCAACUUCCUGAUCCACUGCCUCACCGCGCUCAGCCAGAAGGGCUACGCCAGCGGCGUCGAGAGGACCAUCCUGGGCGCCGGCCCCGUGCUGGAGGCUUUUGGGAAUGCCAAAACAGCCCACAACAACAAUUCCAGUCGAUUUGGGAAAUUCAUCCAAGUCAACUACCUGGAGAGUGGCAUCGUGAGAGGGGCUGUGGUGGAAAAAUACCUGCUGGAAAAGUCUCGCCUGGUCUCUCAAGAGAAGGACGAGAGGAACUACCACGUGUUUUAUUACUUGUUACUUGGGGUCAGCGAGGAAGAGCGUCAAGAAUUUCAGCUCAAGCAGCCUGAAGAUUAUUUCUACCUCAACCAGCAUAACUUGAAGAUCGAAGAUGGAGAAGACCUGAAGCAUGACUUUGAAAGACUCAAGCAGGCCAUGGAGAUGGUGGGCUUCCUCCCUGCCACCAAGAAGCAGAUUUUUUCCGUCCUCUCUGCCAUCCUGUACCUGGGCAAUGUCACGUACAAGAAGAGAGCCACGGGCCGAGACGAAGGUCUGGAGGUCGGGCCCCCUGAGGUGCUGGACACGCUGUCACAGCUCCUGAAGGUGAAGCGAGAAAUCCUGGUGGAGGUUCUGACCAAAAGAAAAACCGUGACGGCCAAUGACAAACUCAUCCUUCCCUACAGUCUCAGCGAGGCCAUCACUGCCCGCGACUCCAUGGCCAAGUCCCUGUACAGCGCCCUGUUCGACUGGAUCGUGCUGCGGAUCAACCACGCCCUCCUCAACAAGAAAGACAUGGAAGAAUGUGUCUCGUGCUUGUCCAUCGGGGUCCUCGACAUAUUCGGAUUUGAAGACUUCGAGAGGAACAGCUUUGAACAGUUCUGCAUCAACUAUGCCAACGAGCAGCUUCAGUAUUAUUUCAACCAGCACAUUUUCAAACUGGAACAGGAGGAAUACCAGAGCGAAGGGAUCUCAUGGCACAACAUUGACUAUACGGAUAACGUCGGCUGCAUCCAUCUGAUCAGCAAGAAACCCACUGGGCUCUUCUAUCUGCUGGACGAAGAGAGCAACUUUCCCCAUGCCACGAGCCAGACGCUGCUGGCCAAGUUCAAGCAGCAGCAUGAAGACAACAGGUACUUCCUUGGCACCCCCGUCAUGGAGCCGGCGUUCAUCAUUCAGCACUUUGCGGGGAAAGUGAAAUACCAGAUCAAGGACUUCCGGGAAAAGAACAUGGACUACAUGCGGCCGGACAUCGUGGCCCUCCUGCGGGGCAGCGACAGCUCCUACGUGCGGGAGCUCAUCGGCAUGGACCCCGUGGCCGUGUUCCGCUGGGCUGUGCUCCGGGCCGCCAUCCGGGCCAUGGCUGUGCUCCGGGAGGCCGGGCGCCUGCGGGCCGAGAGGGCGGAGAAGGCCGCAGCAGGUCUGGGCAGCCCCGGCACCCACAGUCACCUGGGAGAGCAGCAGAGAGGACCCAGCACCCCGUCGGAAAAACUGUACCGCGAUUUGCAUGACCAAAUCAUCAAGACCAUCAAAGGAUUGCCCUGGCAGGGUGAGGACCCCCGUAGGCUUCUCCAGUCCCUCAGUCGGCUCCAGAAACCCCGCACCUUCAUCCUGAAAAGUAAAGGUAUCAAACAAAAGCAGCUCAUUCCAAAGAACCUGCUGGACUCCAAGUCGCUGAAGCUCAUCAUCAGCAUGACGCUGCACGAUCGCACCACCAAGUCCCUGCUGCACCUACACAAGAAAAAGAAACCGCCGAGCAUCAGCGCCCAGUUCCAGACGUCCCUUAACAAGCUCCUGGAGACACUGGGGAAGGCGGAGCCCUUCUUUAUCCGCUGCAUCCGCUCUAAUGCCGAGAAGAAAGAGCUGUGUUUUGACGACGAGCUGGUGCUGCAGCAGCUACGCUACACGGGCAUGCUGGAGACGGUGCGGAUCCGGAGGUCAGGCUACAGUGCCAAGUACACGUUCCAGGAUUUCACGGAGCAGUUCCAGGUGCUGCUGCCCAAGAACGCCCAGCCCUGCAGGGAGGUCAUCUCUGCCCUGCUGGAAAAGAUGGCCAUAGACAAGAGGAGCUACCAGAUCGGGAAGACCAAGGUUUUCCUGAAGGAGACCGAGCGGCAAGCCCUGCAGGAGACGCUGCACCGGGAGGUCGUGCGGAAGAUCCUGCUCCUCCAGAGCUGGUUCCGGAUGGUGCUGGAACGCCGCCACUUCCUGCAGAUGAGGCAGGCGGCCGUCGCCAUCCAGGCCUGCUGGCGGUCCUACCGUGUCCGCCGGACGCUGGAGAGGACGCAGGCCGCUGUGUACCUCCAGGCUGCGUGGAGGGGCUACCGGCAACGGGUGGCCUACCGGCACCAGAGACAGAGUAUCGUCCGCCUGCAGAGCCUCUGCCGGGGUCACCUGCAGCGCAAGAGCUUCAGGCAGAUGGUCGCAGAGAAGCAGAAGGCUGAAGAGAAGGAGAGGGAGGCCCAGCAAGCCCUGAGGGAAGAAACCCUGGAGGGAGGGCCGGGCCAGGUGGCCGAGCAGGAGCAGGUGCCCAGGCAGGGCCCGGAACCAUCGGAGGACAGGGAGCCUUCGGCAGUGGAGCCCGAGGUGUGGCCAAGCGAUGAGCCCCUGGCAGAGAGCUCCCCACCGGAGGAGGUCCCCAGCCUGGAGAAACCUCCCGCACCCCAGAAGAACACGGCUGAAAGUCACGAGAAGGUGCCCAGCAGCCGAGAGAAGCGCGAGUCACGGCGGCAGAGAGGGCUGGAGCACGUGAAGCUCCAGAACAAACACAUCCAGUCCUGCAAGGAAGAGAUUGCUCUCAGAGAGCCUUCUGGAAGGGCCAUCCUCGAGCAAGAGAGCCUCACAGAAGACAGAAAGGAGAGCAGAGAAGACGAAACCCUUUCAGACUUGGGGACGGAGGCAGAGAACGCUUUUAAGCAGCAGCCGGAGGAGCCACCGCAGGCUGUGCCAGCCGGCCAGCUGCCCGGAGAAACCCCGAAGGUGCCCCAGGGUGGGGACCCAACGCCUGGCCACGUGGAACGGCCAACCAGCCUAGCCUUGGACAAUAGGGUCGGCGAGCCCACGCCCAGCACCACCCCCGAGACUCCCAAGGACAAGAGCAAGCUGGGUGGUGACCUGAGGGCACAGGACAGGCCCGAGAGCCCCGGAGGCUCCACCCAGAUCCAGCGGUACCGGGACCCGGACUCUGAGCGGCUGGCCAGCGCCGUGGAGCUCUGGCGGGGCAAGAAGCUCAUGGCUGCCAGUUCCAGCACCAUGCUGAGCCAGUCCCUGGACCUCAGCGAGCGGUACCGGGCUACGGAGGCCACUCUCACACCCACAGAGGAGAGGCGCAUUUCCUUAUCCACGAGCGACGUCUCCAAGCUCCUCCUGUCCCCGUCCCACACCAAGACUCAGCCUUCUACAGAAACGGUGGACGGGGAGGCCGGCACCAAGAAGCUGGCCGUCCAGAAGAAGAAGUCGGGCGACGCUUCUGCCGGCACAGAUUCCGGGCUGUCCCCAGGCUCCCAGGCAGACUCUAAAUCCACUUUUAAAAGACUUUUCUUGCACAAGAACAAGGAUAAAAAAGCCAGCCUGGAGGGUGUGGAGGAAACUGAGAACACAGUGCCAGGGCACACGGUGCCGGAAGCUGCUGCCACCAAGAAGAAUCUAGAAGCCUCCUCCAGCCACCAGCACCGCCACGCAGCCGGGGAGAAGCACGCCAAGGAGCCAGGAGGCAAAGGGAAGAAGAACCGAAACCUUAAGAUCGGCAGAAUCACGGUGUCAGAGAAGUGGCGGGAGUCGGUGUUCCGCCAGAUCACCAACGCCAACGAGCUCAAGUACCUGGAUGAGUUCCUGCUCAACAAGAUAAACGACCUGCGCUCCCAGAAGACCCCCAUUGAGAGUUUAUUCAUCGAAGCCACCGAGAAGUUCAGGAGCAACCUCAAAACCAUGUACUCUGUCCCCAAUGGCAAGAUCCACGUCGGCUACAAGGACCUGAUGGAGAACUACCAGAUUGUCGUGAACAACCUGGCGGCCGAGCGGGGGGAGAAGGACACCAACUUGGUCCUCAACCUUUUCCAGUCGCUGCUCGACGAGUUCACCCGCGGACACACCAAGAAUGACUUCGAGCCGCCCAAGCCGAGCAAAGCCCAGAAGAAGAAGCGGAAGCAGGACCGCGCUGUCCAGCAACACAAUGGGCACGUAUUCGCCAGCUACCAGGUGAGCAUCCCUCAGUCGUGUGAGCAGUGUCUCUCCUACAUCUGGCUCAUGGACAAGGCCUUGCUCUGCAGCGUGUGCAAGAUGACCUGCCACAAGAAGUGUGUGCCCAAGAUUCAGACCUACUGCCCCUACGCAUGCAGGAGAAAGAGCGAGCCAGGCGCCGAGCCGGGCCACUUCGGCGUGUGCGUGGACAGCCUGACCAGUGACAAGGCCUCAGUGCCUGUUGUGCUGGAGAAGCUUCUGGAACAUGUGGAGAUGCACGGCCUGUACACCGAGGGCCUCUACCGCAAGUCGGGCGCUGCCAACCGCACGCGGGAGCUCCGACAGGCACUGCAGACAGACCCCGCGGCCGUCAAGCUGGAGAACUUCCCCAUCCAUGCCAUCACCGGAGUGCUCAAGCAGUGGCUUCGGGAGCUGCCUGAGCCCCUCAUGACUUUUGCCCAGUACGGCGACUUCCUCCGAGCCGUAGAGCUGCCGGGAAAGCAGGAGCAGCUGGCCGCCAUCUACACCGUCCUGGAGCACCUGCCGGAGGCCAACCACAACUCAUUGGAGCGGCUCAUCUUCCACCUCGUCAAGGUGGCCCUGCUCGAGGACGUGAACCGCAUGUCGCCCAGUGCUCUCGCUAUCAUCUUCGCACCCUGCCUCCUGCGCUGCCCUGACAACUCAGACCCACUGACCAGCAUGAAGGAUGUCCUCAAGGUCACCACGUGCGUGGAGAUGCUGAUCAAGGAACAGAUGAGGAAGUACAAGGUGAAGAUGGAGGAGAUCAGCCAGCUGGAAGCCGCGGAGAGCAUCGCCUUCCGCAGACUCUCCCUCCUGCAACAGAACACUCCGUGGCCUCUCAAACUGGGGUUUUCGUCUCCCUAUGAGGGGGUCCUGAACAAGAGCCCCAAGACCCGGGGAAGCAGUGUGGGCGGCCUGGAGGACCUCGGGGUGCUGCCAGAAGAGGAAGUGCCCAGCGGUGACGAGGACCACGAGAAGGAGAUCCUCAUUGAGCGGAUCCAGUCCAUCAAGGAGGAGAAGGAGGACAUCACCUACCGGCUGCCUGAGCUGGACCCUCGGGGCUCCGACGAGGAAAACCUGGACUCGGAAACGUCGGCCAGCACCGAGAGCCUGUUGGAAGAGCGGGCCGGGCGGGGGGCCUCAGAAGGGCCCCCCGCGCCUGCUCUCCCCAGCCCCGGCGCGCCCGCCCUGAGCCCCCUCCCCGUGGCAGCCGCCCCUCCACGACGAAGGCCGUCGUCCUUCGUGACGGUCAGAGUGAAGACCCCCCGGCGGACCCCCAUCAUGCCCACAGCCAACAUCAAGCUCCCACCCGGCCUACCCUCCCACCUCCCUGGCCGGGCACCGGGUGCCCAGGAGGGUGCUGCCCUAGUGAGGCGCCGAGAGCCGCCCGCCCGCCGCCCGGACCAGGUGCACUCUGUGUAUAUCACACCCGGCACGCACCUGCCCGCGCGGGGCACUCGGGAGCCCCCAGACGAGGACGCCCAGCCUCCCGGGGCCAAGCGGAGGUACUCGGACCCCCCGACCUACUGCCUGCCCCCCACCCCGGGCCAGGCCAACGGCUGAGGGCCCACACAGUGCCAGAGGCCGCGUGUCUGAGGACGACCCAGUGCCGGAGCUGGGUGUGAGCUGCAGAGCCAGCAUCUGGCCGAGAAGGAUUCCGAAUGAAAAGCUCCAAAAGCAAUGUGAGGUGGGCCUCUGCUCCGAGUGCAGAGUCCAGGCGGGGAGAGGCCAGCCGAGGCCCCGUCGCCCUGGCUGGGCCCCCACAUCACACAGACACGCCCACCCAGAGCACCAAAUCACGGUGGGCAGCCUGGCAUCUCCCACCUCCCUUUUUGUUUUUAUGGUAACUGUUUCUUCGUGCGUGGUUUACAUAACUUCAAACUGUAACAGCCUUAACAAGAGACCAAAUUGUUUUUUAUACGUGUAUGUACAAACUUUUAUAUUAACGCCCUGCAUCGCCCUUGUAACCUGGACAUGAGUCUUUGGAGCAAAGCCCGCAACAGCCGCCACACGGAGGAGGCCCAGACUCGCACUGAGGACGGCUCGGGGCCCGUGGUCUGAGGGCCAGGACCGUGCACAGGGGAUUUGGACCCUUGGGGCGCCUGACUGCCCCAAGUCCGUCUCAGACUCCUCCUGUGGCCCAGCUGGCAACCGGCCACCUGGCGGGCAUGCACUUGAGGGAGCGUUGGAGCCUCUCUGGGGAUCAAGGCUGGUGGUUGGAGUCAGGACACAGGGUGGUAGGCAGCCUCCGCCCGCAGCACCACAGACCUCACAUCCCAGGGAGACUUGAAUGUGGCCGUCACUCUUCUGUCCGCCACGCCCUGGACUCAGGAGGCUGGAGGAGGCCAUCCUUGGCACGCCGCCUGUUCUGUGUGGCGAACAGGAGCCGCGACUCAGGACCACUCACCGGCAGGGAGGGCAAGGCCUGGGGUUGUACAUUCCUACUGGUCAACAGUGACGGUCUGGGGAAUCUCCGGAGUGGGGCUUCCUCUCUCAGGCCUGGGUCGCUCCCCAGACACACGGCCACAGGUCUGGUACGAGAGGUGCCCCAGGUGCCCCACGAGCCGUGUGAAAUAAAAAGUGCCUGAAAAGUG